UGUGCGCCAGACUGGUCCGGUCUCUCCGCGAUUGGUGGGGGCCGCCUGUUCGAGCCAAUGGGCAGGGCGCACCGCUAAUGUCAUUUCACCGUGACCGCCGAGAGGAGCACCACAGCGCACCGUGCGCCACGGGGAUGACUGAGAUGCGGUGCCAGUGUGGGUGAAGUCAGACCAGGCUCUCUCUCUCUCUCCUCUUCCAUGCAGGCAGUAUUAUCUGGGCUUCCAGCUUAUCGCUCCCUACAGCUCCGGGUUCGGCUCCGCGGCACAGUGGUGCACCCGCCCGGGACUUUUCAUCCAAUGCCAAUGAGACGCAGCGUGAAUCGCCUUUCUCACUUCAGGAAUAUCGGUUGUGGAUACCCGUUUUACUGAGACUGAACGCUUUGGGGUAAAAAGAGACUCUGAUGAGCCUGGCGAGUGCAGCAGUGUCGGCGGUUGGCUUCCCAGGUGGGGCACGCCAGAGAGACUUGAUGAUGGAGCAGAAAGUCAGUAAGCUGACCUCUGGCUUCCAACGCAGCUCCACCUCUGAUGACGACUCAGGCUGUGCGCUGGAGGAGUACGCCUGGGUACCACCUGGCCUUCGGCCUGAGCAGGUCCAGUUAUAUUUCUCCUGUCUGCCUGAUGAUAAGAUCCCCUAUUUCAACAGUCCAGGAGAGAAAUUCAGAAUCAAGCAGCUCCUCUAUCAACUGCCACCACAUGAUAAUGAGGUGCGUUAUUGCCAGUCCCUCAGUGAGGAGGAGAAGAAGGAGCUACAUAUGUUCAGUGUCCAGAGGAAGAAGGAAGCUCUGGGGAGGGGUACAAUAAAACUGCUGCCCCGCAAUCUUCUGAACAGCAUUUGUGAGCAUUGCGGUGAAAACAUCAACGGUGGGGAAAUGGCAGUGUUCGCCUCAAGAGCGGGGCCUGGGCUGUGCUGGCACCCUGCAUGCUUUGCCUGCUCCACAUGUAAAGAACUGCUGGUGGAUUUGAUAUUCUUCUACCAUGAUGGAAAGAUCCACUGUGGAAGGCACCAUGCUGAGCUACUCAAACCACGCUGCUCAGCCUGCGAUGAGAUUAUUUUUGCUGAUGAGUGCACAGAGGCAGAGGGUCGUCACUGGCACAUGAAGCACUUCUCCUGUUUUGAAUGUGAAACAAUCCUGGGGGGGCAGCGCUAUAUCAUGAAAGAUGGCAGACCAUACUGCUGUGGCUGCUUCGAGUCUCUCUAUGCAGAGUACUGUGAGGCUUGUGGAGACCACAUUGGUGUUGAUCAUGCCCAGAUGACCUAUGAUGGGCUUCACUGGCAUGCCACUGAGGGCUGCUUCAGCUGUACCCAGUGUAAGAGCUCUCUACUGGGCUGCCCAUUCCUACCACACCAGGGUAACAUUUACUGCUCUAAGGCCUGCAGUCUUGGGGAAGAUGUACAUGCCUCAGACUCCUCCGACUCUGCCUUCCAGUCAGCACGCUCACGUGAAUCCAGGCGCAGUGUGCGCAUGGGCAAGAGCAGUCGCUCAGCUGAUCAGUGCAGACAGUCACUCCUCUUCUCACCUUCGGUCAACUAUAAGUUCCCUGGCUUCAGUGGAAAUGCUGAUGACACCUUGACCAACAAGCUGGCCCACAUGAACUUAUCCGAUGAGCAUUUCUGGAGAGGACGUGGUGAGGAGACUGAGGCACCUGAGGACCAGGAGGAGGCGUGGGCUGAGCAUGAAGACUACAUGACUCAGCUGCUAUUAAAGUUUGGAGAGCAUGGGGUCUUCCAGCAUGCCAAUGAUUCCAGACCGACAGAUUUCUGGAUUGCAGAAAAGGAUUCAAAAACGAAGCAGGAAUCGUCUAGAGCUGUUGGUGGCACUGGUGGAGGAAGGGGGAGCCUAGCCAGUAAGAAGUACCAGGCUGACAUGUACUGGGCCCAGUCACAGGAUGGGCUAGGGGACUCAGCCUACGGAAGUCACCCGGGCCCGGCAAGCAGUAGGAAGAUCCAGGAGUUGGAGCUGGAUCAUGCGGCUGGAGGAGGCUUCCAGGGAGAGGAGCCACGAUGGUACCAUGACUCUUUGGAGUGUAUCACAGAUGAGUUCAAGAAAACAGAUCAGAGUGUCAGAGACUCCAUGGACUCACUGGCUCUUUCCAAUAUUACAGGGGCCUCAGUAGAUGGUGAUAGUAAAGAUAGACCUUUGGUAUAUUCCCUGCAAGGUUUCCAUGAGCUGGAGACAGAAGACUGUGAUAAAACCAGUAAUAUGGGCACCCUCAACUCCUCUAUGUUACACAGAAGUACAAACUCCCUGAAGAGCCUUGUGUUUGAGCAGGAGGGGGAGGCAGAGGAAAUUGUUCCAGAAGAGGUGACAGCUCUGCCAGUGGACAGUCCCAAACCUCAUGUCCCUGCCCUUAGGAGGACACGCUCACAGUCUAGACCUCAGCAAGUUAAAUUCUCUGAUGAUGUGGUAGACAAUGGCCAUUACUGUGAUCUCCCAGUGCGCCAGCCCCCUAUGAGUGAAAGGACUCGACGGAGAGUGUACAACUUUGAGGAACAGGGCCAAGAACUUCAAUCUGGUCGUCACCAUCACCACCACAGGAGGCGCCGCAGUCGCAAGUCUCGCUCUGACAAUGCUCUUAACCUUCUGCCCAGGGAAAGGGCCCAGAUGUGCUACAGAGUGGACCACAGAGGGAAUACCCAUGGCCCUAAGGGACACCAAGCCAUCCACGGCCAGCCCAGUCCUGCUGCUUUGUCAGACUGUGGGCUACAAGGCCCAGCCAUGGGGAGGUUCUUGGGGCUAUAUGGGGAUGAUGAUGACUGGUGCUCCACAUGCUCUUCUUCUUCCUCUGAUUCUGAGGAAGAGGGCUUUUUCCUGGGUCAACCAAUCCCUCAGCCCAGACCCCAUAGACACUACUACACUGAUGACUUGCCUGUCCCUGUUGUAGGCAUGUCUUCUUCUGCGUUUGGCCAACGGACUAAGUCCAAAAAGAAAAGAGGGCACAAGGGGAAAAACUGUAUAAUUUCGUAGACUUUCCUUAUUUGCUUUGGGUACUGCUCUGCCAUACAUCUGUCACCAUUUAAAAUGCAACAACAACUGCUUGCUAUCAAAUGCUUUACAGUAGUUAAUUUACCAAGGUGUUUGUGUAAGACACAAGUUCUUAUACUAAUUCUUCAUAGGUGUCUAUAUGGCUUCUAUAGCAAUAAAACCUUAAAGUAAGAAAGUAUUUCAAAAUAAUGUAUAUUUAUGAAACACCAACUGAACUGUGUUUUGUAACAGGGCAGAUAUGAGUGUAUAUAUUGUAGAAUUUGAAAAACAACAACCAAAUGGCUAUUUUUUUAUACCCUUGCGUUAAUGACAUGCUUUGUACCAAAUGCCUAAAACAUUUAAUUAUUGGUUAAUGGUACAGAGACAUUUUGGGUGUCAGAAAUAUUAUGACAAAAUUUACUCUGACCCAAGCUCUUCAAAUGUGUUUUUUCUUCCAGGCUUGAGCACCGCUAACAUAAGAGAAACACUGAGUGUAUUAAAAGGCCUGGUUGAGUGGUGUAUUUAUGGUUCACUGUAUCGCAAGCAAAUCAUUGUAAUCUGUAUAAAUGUACAAACCGGAAUAUAAGGCUAAGAUAGAUGAUAAUUGUAAUAAAAAUAUCUAUAUAUCAA